ACAUAUCAAGAACACAAUAUGUUCCUCUACCAGGGAAUAAUGUGAUAGCUGAGUAAAGUAGAGCUAUCUCAACACACUUCAAUCACAUUCCAGUUGAAACAGACUAUUUUAGAGGGCACAGGCUGGGUAGAUCCAGACUUAAGUAUCUAAGAUCCAUCACCUUUCAUCAUGAUGAACGGCCAAGCCAGAAACCGCAGGAAAAAUCAAGAUCUUUGUGGGAAAAAUUUCCUCAAAUUUGUCAUCUAUGUCUUCACAUUUAUCUUCUGGCUGACUGGCUGUGCCUUUUUAGCCAUUGGUCUGUGGAUACUCUUAGCUAAACAUUCCUAUGCCAGUUUACUAGGAAAUUCUACCUUCCCUAUUGCUACAUUCCUAAUGAUUGGCAUCGGAGGCUUCAUCAUAGUGUCUGGAAUUAUGGGAUGUGUUGGAGCCCGCGUAGAGAACAGGUGUCUGCUCGUCUUGUAUUCUGUUUUUCUGCUUCUCAUAUUUUUAGUGGAAGCUAUAAGUGGAGUUCUUGCCUACAUGUAUGAGGGAAUUAUCCGAGAAGAGCUGUCAAGAAGUUUAAAUGAUACAAUGAUGAAAAAUUACAACUAUGACGUUCAGCUCACGCAAGCUAUUGAUGAUAUGCAGCAAAAGUUUCUAUGUUGUGGAGCAGUUUCCUUUAAGGACUGGCAGAAAUCAAAAUGGCUGCGAGAAGAUAGAAACACGACAAAUAAAGCUCCGGAUUCCUGUUGUAUGUCGUACUCAAUGGGGUGUGCUGAAAGUGAUCACCCGUCUAACAUCUAUUACAAGGGUUGCAGUCGUAAGCUUGCCCAGUACACUAAGGAGUCUCUGAUGAUUAUUGGGGGAGUGGGGCUAGGGCUGUGUUGUGUACAGAUAUUUGGAGUUAUAUUCUCCUGCUGUUUAGUCAGGAAGAUUAAGGACAAAGUUUAUAAGUAUUGACAAGAGAAAAAAUUAGUAACACUAAUGAGGACCAGAACUGAAUAAAUCACUUGACUGGGACAAUAUCAAAAUUGUUAGCCUCCCUUAAUUGCAAUAAGAAUUGUUCCGUGUUCUUAGCCAUGUCUGCAAAUGUGUUAUGUAGUGGUGCUGCAUAUUUCUUUCUAUUUUUUUUGCCAUAAGAAUGUGUGUCAUGUGACAACAUGUCUCUGGAAUAUUUGUAUCUUAUUAUAUUCAGUUGAACAGAUUAUGAGAUUUAAUCUAGAUGUAAUGAGGAAAUGUUUUUGUCACAGAAUGUUGGAUUCUGUCAUUUUAUUGAUGUAUUUUGUAGACUUUUUGUAUUUGUUUCUGUGAUAGUAAAAUAAUUGAUAAUUUGAGUAUGUUUUAUAGGAUAUCAGUGAUAUAUACAUUGUAAUUUGAGUAUGUUUUAUAUGAUAUCAGAAAGAGAUAAUUUGAGUAUGUUUUAUUUGAUAUCAGAGAGAUAUAUGCUGUAAAUAUGUUUUAAUUCUUCUUCCAAUAUUGUUUUGUUUUUACAAUUUAACAUGUCUCACUUUUUUCAAGUUUCCCAAUUUUUUUUUAUACAUUUAAGAAUUGCAUUAUUUUUUUGAAAGAUGUAGUCUCCUAAUUGCAGUGUUUGCAAACAUGUUAGCACAUUAUGAAAAUUUGUUUACACACACCUUUGCAGUUAUGAGACUACGUCUUUCAAAAGAUAAUAAUUUAAAGCUUAUAUUUACAUUUUCCAACUCCCUGCCUUGGAUGCAAAUGUGAUUUAUAUUUCAAAAUCCCUGUAUUACUCUUCAGAUAAGUUACAAUAGACGAAUUUCACAUUCGUAAGAGUUAUCUCCUGUUGUCGGCUUAACUCUCAUUUUUGUCACUAUAACCCUUGUAACUUACCUGUAAAUAUUUUCAAUCUUUAAACGCUAUAGGACAAUUUUGAUCGUUCCUGUAUUGCCAUAGUAUGGGGCAACAUAAAAAACAUAACAAACAUAUUCAUACAGAUUUCAUUUGGAAGACAUUGCCUAAUAUUGGUAAUGGUAUAGAAGGAAAACAGUGUCUUACGCCGGUUGACCCCAGAUUAACCCCGCAAAGGGAAAUAACUUUUGUAAAUGUGAAAGUCAUCUAUUAAUGGAAGGGUCAUUGCAACAGCUACUACUGUUAAACUGUUCAAUGUGAGUGUGAAGGUUGUUUUUGAUGUUGCGCUUGCACAGCAUUCAGUGUUUGUGACAUCAAAAUAAAAAUCAUAACUUAACCUUUUGACCUCCCCAUCCAUGUUAUGGUGUCUGGAAUACCAAAGCUUUUCACACACCUUAUAAGCAAAAUUCAUGUGGAAUGUAAAUAUUUCAAAUUCAUCAUCUUGGCAUUUUAUAAUACAUGUGUAUUUUGUUAAUAACAAAGUACCAAGAAUGAAUGUAAUAAUAUUCUUAACUUAGUUGUAAACUGAAAAUCCUUGUUUAUUCAAAAGAUAGCAAAGAUUUUGCCUUUGAAUGUUUGAUCAGUUAGACAUUGUAGUGUGGUAUUUGUUAAACUUGACUACUUAUCGCAUGCUACUGUAUUAUUACAAAAUAGACAUCACUUAUCAGGGACCUAUGUACUAGUAUACAAGCCCCAGAAUUUAUCUAAUGUGUACAGAGUUGCCUGAAAUUAAUCCCUGUGAUGAAAAUUUCUGGACCAAUCAAGAUAGGUUUGAUUUCUACACUAUAUUUUCAUUUAAAACUGUAUGUGUUAUUUGCUAUGAAGCCUGACUGUUCUUGAAAAUUGUGCAUUUGCUAUGUUGUCCUAGUCAUUUAUAAAACUAGAAAGGUUUUUUUUUAUCAAAGUUAUACUGAAGUACAUAUCAGAAGGUCAGUAUUAUAAAGUGUAUUUUUAGUUCUCAAAAUUAGUUUUCAUGUUACAUUUUAUGUCAAAUUUUGUUGUGAGUCUGAGUCAAUGCCAUUAUUCUUUUUUUUCCAACUUAUAAAAAAAUAAAAAAAAAACCUAGGGCAUUUUCAAACAAAAUGACACAAGGAUACUAAAAAUUGGAGCUUUUUCACAAUUUAUUGGAUAAAUCAAGUUCUGGUGUAAGAGCUUUAUUAAGAAAUAAUGAAAAAAUAGUUUUUAAAAUUCACCAACUCUUGUCAUAUUUGUGACCAAACUUUUUUUUACAGAAUAGGAGAAGGGUAACAUAAUAAAAAAAAUAUGUGAUUACUUUUAUGUACUCUUUUUAGACAUACAUUGGAGCAUAUUUUUCUGUUUCUUUGUAAAAACUCAUGUGUAUACAUAUUUAUUUAGGUUAAAGUCAAAGAAGUAAGGCAAUUGAAGUGAGCAAUGCUACCUGCAGGCCUUGUUUUUCUAAUAUGGCUUUAUAUGCAGAUGCAUUUAUAAAAAUCAACAUACUCUAUGUGAAACAGUGGUGAAUGCAAUUUUUACAUAUCAUGAAUUAGACUUUGUUUGUUUUAAGAUGAAAUCAUUGUUUUGUAAUAAUUAACAUGGGGAAUUUCUCGUACAAUAAUGAAUUCUAAGAUUUACAGGUCAGUAAUAUUUAUUUUUAAUAUUAGCUUCUCAAUAUAGAUUUAAUGCCAAUGUGUACAAAUUUUCGGUAGAAGCCAGUUCUCGCCAGUUUUAUGUUGUUUUAUUUGAUGUUUACUAUUCUUGUGUAUUAUAGUCUAUAGUAAAUGUAGGAAUUCUACAUAAAAUACUUGUACCAUGAUGUUGUAGAAAAAUCAGAAACAGUGUUGUCUUUAUAAAGAUUUUAGCUUGUAUUAAAAAAAUAAAAUGAGAGACAGAGUUA